AUGGCCUUUGUACCGAAUGAAACAAUGGGAGACCUUGAUAUCCCAACAAUUUCAACGUCACCUUCGAACAUCGUUCUCCCUACAACAACCAGGAAUUAUGAACUGAAAAAAUUUCACUUCAAUAUGAUGCCUUCUUUCCAUGGAUUAAGUUCUGAAGAUCCUUUAACUCAUAUUAGAGAUAUUCUUAAAAUGGUUUCUAACAUGGCUUUCACAGAGGGAGUCACUGAAGAACAUCUCAUGAUGAAAGUCUUUCCCUACACAGUGAAAGAUAAAGCAAAAAUGUGGUUGAACUCCUUGAGGCCUAGAUUUUUGACUAGCUAG